ACCGAAACAGCUGUAAGGUCACGCCCGUAAAUCAGGCGAAAAUGGAGUCCAUUUGCAAAUAAUUUAAUUAUAAUAUAUCUAUCGAAGAUCCAACUUUGCCAUCCAGAAAUUCCCCAAUUUCCCAGCGACGACCCUUCGGAGAAAAAAUAGAAAAACAUAGGCAACAAGAAUCUAGAGAGAGGAACAAAAAACCGGAAAGAGAGAGAAAGAAAGUGUGUGUUUCUCUCUCUGUCUGUGGUCUAUCGGCAUUAAUGGCGGAGGGUAAAAAGGAGAAGAAAUCGAGCGAAGAGAGCGUUAAGCUGUUCGUAGGUCAAGUGCCGAAGCACAUGACGGAAGCUCAGCUUCUCGCAAUGUUUAAAGAGUUUGCGUUGGUCGACGAGGUUAACAUCAUCAAAGACAAAGCCACGCGCGCGUCAAGAGGGUGUUGUUUUGUAAUAUGUCCGUCCCGGCAGGAAGCAGAUAAAGCAGUCAAUGCUUGCCAUAACAAGAAAACACUUCCUGGGGCAUCUAGUCCGUUGCAAGUGAAGUAUGCAGAUGGCGAGUUGGAAAGGCUAGAACACAAACUCUUCGUUGGUAUGCUUCCGAAAAAUGUUUCUGAAGCUGAAGUAUCUGAAUUAUUCUCUAAAUAUGGAAGUAUAAAAGACUUGCAAAUUCUAAGGGGUUCUCAACAAACAAGCAAAGGAUGUGCUUUUUUGAAGUAUGAUACUAAAGAACAAGCCCUUGCUGCCCUGGAGGCUGUCAAUGGAAAGCAUAAAAUGGAGGGUUCAAGUGUUCCUUUGGUUGUCAAAUGGGCAGAUACAGAAAAGGAAAGGCAAGCUAGAAGGGCUCAGAAAGCACAAUCUCAGGCUUCUAGCCUGCCAAAUGCAGAUUCACAACAUCCUUCAUUGUUUGGAGCCUUGCCAAUGGGGUAUGUUCCCCCCUAUAAUGGAUAUGGGUACCAGGCUCCUGGAACCUAUGGACUUGUGCCAUAUCGCUUGCCACCAUUGCAGAAUCAACCUGCUUUUCAUAGUAUGAUUCCUCCUGUAAAUCAAGGAAAUGCAUUGCGUGGUGGAAUCAGACCUGAUCUUGCCCCUGGUAUGGGCCCUAGAAAUUAUGCAAUGCCUCCUGCAAGUUAUGUCGGUUCUUAUCCUGCUGUGCCAGGUGUUCAGUAUCCCAUGGCAUACCCUGGAGGAAUGAUAAGUCACCAACCUUUGAGUGGUUCACCUGGUACAGCACCACCUGUUGUUGCAAGCAGUAAUUCUGCAACAUCUUCAGGUGUCAGUUCAAGUUCUGGUGGUCAAUUAGAAGGUCCAGCCGGUGCUAAUCUUUUCAUAUAUCACAUACCCCAAGAAUUUGGUGACCAAGAACUUGCCAAUGCUUUUCAGCCAUUUGGUAAAGUCUUGAGUGCCAAGGUCUUUGUUGAUAAAGCAACUGGUGUUAGCAAAUGUUUCGGAUUUGUAAGUUAUGACUCGCCGGCAGCAGCACAAACCGCAAUUAAUAUGAUGAAUGGAUGCCAAUUAGGUGGUAAGAAAUUGAAAGUUCAGCUUAAGAGAGACAAUAAACAGAGUAAACCUUAUUGAUCAAAAUGUGAGUCAUGGAAGCCAGCAGAAUUUUAUGUGAUAUGUGGUCGCGUGCAACCUGGAUAUAUGGGAGUGACUGCAUUAUCAGCAUUUGAGGAUGGAUUGAGAAUCUUGUGGUCAUGUGCAUUAUUCCAUCCUUGUAAUUGCUUCAUGGGAUUGGAAUUCCCAAAACUUGUAAUUCAUGGUGCAUUUUGCACCGAUACAAUUUGUAAUUUCUGUACCAUGGAAGUUCUUUUAGAGAUCAAUUAAUUUUUUGAUUUUUCCCUCGAGCACCUGUUAAUAUAAUGUGGGUGGAAACAUCCAUAACUUAAUGCUUCUUGAUA